GUGCCACUAGAGUGCGUCAGGGGAAAGUAUGAUAUCAUCGGCCAUGCUGCGCCACGCUCUGUGGAACUCAUAGCUUUUCACUCAUGCCAGGCGCACAGGAAGACUAUAAACCCCCAGGGUUUGGCACCCUGCUGAACCAAUAGAAUCCAACCAGGUAUACCUCUUAAUUUCAGCGCAAUAGGCAUGUGGUUCAAGGAAGAUUCAGCGGAAGCAGCUGCGCACAAGCCAACCAGCGGGGGUGGCCACACAGCUAAGCUCUCUCACGAGCUCAUCGCCGCCGCUGCGUCGUACAAAGCAGCAAAGGCCUACGAGCACCAUGCUGCAAAGAACAGUAAACCAGUCAACCAUCAGAAGGCAGUCGAGCUCUUGGCAGCUCUGACCGGCGGGUUCAUUGAUCGUAUUGCCAAGACAAAAGGAAUGGACGAGCUUGACAAACAGCGUGCUAAACACGAAGCACACAAACGUGCUCAGGAAGCUCUGGCUCGGCAUGGAGAGUUUUGA